CUUCUUUCCAUCAUGCCCCUUGUGCUCAUCUUUGUGCUCAUCUUUGUGCCCAUCCUUGUGUCCAUCCUUCUCUCCAUCGUGACCAUGAACGUCUUCAUGCUUCCCUUUAUGGCCUGGAACCUUGUCUCCCUUUCCAAAGAUGUCUUCGUGCUUCACCUCAGGGACGACAUGAUCCCUGAGAUUAAUGUCAUUCUUACUGGCGACGUCCUUGAUAUCUGCAUCAACAUCGACGGGAAUAGCCGAGACCAGUCCGGUGGCCAAAAAGGCAGAGAGGAUGGUAG